UGUUGUAAAGAGCCUUCAGUUGGUUGCUGUUGUCAAGCUGAGCCAUCUGCUGAUAUGUUGUGGCUUGUAAUCGUAGCAGUUACUUUGGGCAAUGUGGUGAAAGCGGCGGAAAUCUGCUACAACAAAAUAGGCUGCUUUACUGACGAUGUCCCAUGGGGUGGAACAAAAGAAAGACCAAUUAAAAGACUACCUUCGUCUCCAGAGAAAAUUAACACACAGUUUUUGCUUUGGACGAGAAGGAAUACAGCAGCUUUUCAGGAAAUUACAGUUGAUCCUGCAACAAUUGAAAGUUCUAAUUUUGACCGAACAAAAAAAACACGGUUUGUUGUUCAUGGCUAUAUAGACAAAGGAGAGGAAUCGUGGCUGAGUGACAUGUGCAAGGCAAUGUUUGAAGUGGAAGAUGUGAAUUGCAUUUGUGUUAACUGGUUACGUGGCUCACUGACUUUAUACGAUCAAGCUUCAAACAACGUCCGGGUUGUUGGUGCAGAAAUUGCCUACCUAAUUGAGGUGUUGGAGAAAAAUUUUAACUAUAAUCGUUCCGAGACUCACAUCAUUGGCCAUAGCCUUGGCGCCCAUGCUGCCGGAGAAGCAGGGAAGCGAAUCCCAGGGAUUGGAAGAAUCACAGCUCUGGAUCCUGCCAAGCCCUUUUUUAAGAAUACACCUAUUGAAGUUAGAGUGGACCGUUCUGAUGCAUUGUUUGUUGAUGUCAUCCACACCAAUGGUGCUCCACUGAUUCCUUAUGUUGGCUUUGGACUACUUGAACCUAGUGGACAUCUUGACUUCUAUCCAAAUGGUGGAGAAUUGAUGCCAGGAUGUGACAAAAAUAUUAUUUCAACAAUUAUUGACAUUGAUGGCAUUUGGGAAGGCACUCGUAACUUUGCAGCUUGUAACCACUUACGGUCAUAUAAAUAUUAUACAGAGAGCAUCACAAGUAAAGAUGGGUUCUUUGGAAUUCCAUGUAACAACUAUGAUGAUUUUACAGCAGGGAAUUGUUUCAAGUGUCUACCAGAAGGUUGCCCACAAAUGGGACACUAUGCUGAUACCUUUCCUCUUGGAAAUGCUACAACAGAGCCUAAUUUUUAUCUGAACACUGCUGAUGCUCCAUCUUUUGCACGUUGGAGAUAUAGGGUUUUGGUUAAAAUUACCAGUACCAAGAAAAUCAGAGGAUUCUUCAAUGUGGCUUUAUAUGGUCCCAAUGGAAACACUCGACAAUAUCGAAUCGCACAAGCUCUGUUAGAGAAUGGAAAAACAUUCACAGCUGACAUUGACGUGGAGAAGGAUGUGGGGGCGAUUACGAAAGUCAAAUUUCUCUGGAAUAAUAAGUUACCAAACCUUUUUGGGCACAAAAUUGGAGCAGAAUCUAUCACAGUAUUAAGAAUAUUUGAUCAGAAAAUGUUUAAAUUUUGUGGGUCUGGAGGUAAAGGUGAAGAUAUUCUACAAACUGUUUUGCCUUGCUCAAAUUCUUAAAAGAGAUGUAUUUGUUCAUUUAAUUUGAGCUUUUGGAAAUAAAAGUGGUCGUACAGUUUGAUUGCAGUUUGCUUUGUGUUUCUC